UUUGAGGCCUAACUGAUGGGAGCUGGCCACUUCAUCUAAGUCCAGAAACUGAGAACCUGGUAUUCUCUUCGCAAUAAAUUCGCUCUUUGCAUUGCGAGGACUGUUGGGCAUAAACCAAGAAGCAUCCAGCACGGAGACUAGAGUUUUUGAGUGCAACAUCUCGCGCAAUUGGAGGGGAGACAAUAUCAGAGGAGCUACAUUAGAAGAGGAGGCAAAUCGCGAGAAAGGAAUUCGUAAAGUGCCCUUUAGCAGGGAAUUGAAAAGCAUCCUGGUGGAGAGAGAUCGAGGAAAGGCUUUGAAUACAAACAGGACCAAAGUACACCAGCACUGCACGGAAGCCCCUCGACGAACUUGGACUACGACGAACUUGUAAUGCCUUCCGACCAAAGUACCUGGCUAAUUUCUAUCCCACUGAAUGGAGACUCGGAAGGGGUCCACCAGGAGAUCACUCAUAAGGUCACCCAACAGUUGAAAAACUACCCUCCUAACUCGAUUUCACAAUUCAGCAUACCAUCAUUCAAGACAGGAACACUAGAUCUGCUCAUUGCACUAUCUGAAGACCUUCCGAAACAAGAAACCUAUUUUACCGCUACUGUAGCAAAGGUGGUCGACACUUUGCGCAAUCUGUUAAACAAUGAUCCUUCAAGACUGGCCCAGCACAUCUUGGUAAACGAAAGGACCGUUGAUAGCUAUGUUCUCGAUGAUUGGAAGUGGAACGAAGGCCGGUAUGGCGUACAGAAGGGACUCAGAGAGAUGGUUGAGACGCUGAACAAGGAAAUGACAUCGAUUGACAACUCAAUGCGAGCAAAGUUGACAAAUUACAACUUGGUGAAAGGUUCUUUAGUGCAGAUGCAGCGAAAGAAGACUGGGAAUCUCUCCGUUCGUUCUUUGGUGGAUGUUGUGUCUAAAGAGGACUUCAUAGGCGACUCUGAAUAUCUCGAAACGCUCGUAGUUGCUGUCCCCAAAAAUUUGGUCAAGGUCUGGAAUUCUAAAUACGAAAGGUUCGCGUCAAUGGUGGUGCCUCGUUCAGCUCAGUCCAUCGCUUCCGAUGACGAGUAUACUUUAUACAGCGUCGUCGUAUUCAGACGAGUACGCGAUGAAUUCGUGCAAAAAUGUCGUGAGAAUAAGUUCAUCGUGCGAGACUUCGUGUAUUCCGAAGAAGACAUUGACAAUCAGCGCCAAGAGCUCCAAACGGCGGAUAUCACGGAAAAGGAACUCUGGACUGAGCUUCUCCACUUGUCACGGACGAAUUUCUCUGAAUCUUUCCAGCUUCUCGUACACCUCAAAGUUAUUCGUCUAUUCGUUGAGAGCGUGCUUAGAUAUGGACUUCCUGCAAACUACAUAGGGCUUGCCGUUAAGCCAGAUGCGAAGUCAGCAAAGAAGCUAUUUAGUAUACUGCAGUCACAUUUCUCAUAUCUUGGCUCGCGCGCCAGUGGUGCGCAAUCAAAGGCGAAGACUUCGGAGGACUUUGUGGGAGAAUACCAAUCAUUAAUGGAGCAGGACUUCUUCGAUUUCGUUAUGUACGAAGUACCUUGGAUCGUGAACUAAUUCAUUGAUACCACCUUUUUCAUUGACAUUCAUACCAUUAAAUUUCUAUUAGUGAAAAUAUAACGAUACGACCAGCCCACUAUUGUAGGAAGCAAACUGUACACUGGAGAUGAGAUAUAGGGAAAAUGGU